AUUUAGCAAAUACCCAUCCAGGAUAAAAAGGAUAACCUUAGCCAAAGAAUUGCUCCUUCUGUCACUACAGAAAGAAAAAGAGAAAAAUGGAUACCAAAGUUCUUCAAUUUCUUACUUCUAAAUCACUCCCAUCAAACAUUCAUAUCCACACAAAUCCUUCAACCAUAAAGACACCACCACAGACUCAGAUCUUCAAACUUCACCGGAGGCGAUUUCCGAGAUUAAAUUCUACCAAUGGCAUUGAAGGCAGUGAAGACACUCCACAGCCAGCUCCACCGACUAUUAGACCACCUGAGACGGGGGAGAUAAGAUUCAGACGACGCUCGAAGAAGAGGAACAAACAGCAGAGCGGCGAAGGUGGUGUUAGCAGCGGACAAUCAGCGAAAGCAGCACAACCUCCAAAGAAGUGGGAAGAUAUGAGUCUUACAGAGAAGGCAAUUGAGGUUUACGUGGGAGAAAAGGGUUUGCUUUUUUGGCUUAAUAAGUUUGCUUAUGCUUCUAUUUUCAUUGUGAUUGGAGGUUGGAUAUUGUUCCGAUUCGUCGGCCCGUCUUUUAAUCUUUACCAGUUGGAUACUUCUCCUCUACCACCUACCUCCAUCUUCAAGGGAUCAUGAGUCACAAUUACAGGGAUUGCACGCUAAAGAUUAAAAUAAGAUGAAGAGCUUUCUAGUUUCUGAAGAUUUUUGUAGUCUUGAAUCUAUAGUGAAACCACAUUCAUAAAUCAAGCAUGACUUGUGUGAA